AUGGGGAAGCGACCGAUUUCCGACGUCGUCGCUGAAGAUGAUGCGAUUGUAAAGCCCGAGUUUUCAAGGAAGAAGAGCAAGAAGGACAAGAGUGAGAAGUCUAGAAAGACGGCCACAACCGAUGCGACUGAGAUAGAUGCACAUGCGCACCCGGAGGAGGCCAAUGGCAAAAGCGUAGAGCAUUCGGAAGACGACGAGAAGCUUUCAAAGGCUGAGCGUAAAGCUGCGAAAAUGGCGAGGAAGGAAGCGAAAGAGGCAAAGAAAGCUGCGGACGGGACUGGCAAUGCCGAACUCAGUGCAGCAGCAGCUGAACAGGAUGAGGACACUGUCAAGGCAGCAAAAAAAGCCGCUCGAAAGGCAGAGAAAAAGAAACUGAAGGACCUGGCCAACGGCGAAGCUUCCGAGUCCGCCGCUGCUGUGUCGAGAGUCGAGCCCAUCGCCACGAGCCAAGAACCAGUCGUAGAGUCUGGCGAAUAUCAGGAAAACAACGAGUUGGCGCAACUCCCGCAGUCGGACAUCGAUGCCUUCCUGACCAAGAACGUUAUGACGAUCGACGACCCGAAGCCCGCUGCUCGCAAACUUCGCCCGAUUACUAAUUUCAAAUACCUACCCAUCGAAGAGUCCCAGCGGGCACCCUUCGCCAAAUUCAGCGCCCCUACACCUAUACAAGCGGCAACAUGGCCCUUCUUACUGUCAGGGCGGGAUAUGGUCGGAGUGGCCGAGACAGGAUCUGGCAAAACGCUGGCUUUUGGCGUGCCCUGCGUGCGCUUCAUCUCGUCUCUACCCAAAGAUAAGCGAAGGGGGAUCAAGGCAGUCAUUGUCUCGCCAACCCGCGAAUUGGCGGUUCAAAUCUACGACCAGUUGGUCGUAUUGGCUACACCUGCUGGCCUCCAAGUGGUCUGUGUAUACGGGGGCGUGCCAAAAGAUCCCCAGGUUGCUGCCUGCCGCAAAGCACACAUCGUAGUCGCUACACCUGGCCGUCUAAACGAUCUAAUUGGAGAAGGUACCGCAGACCUUAGCAAAGCCGAGUAUGUGGUCCUUGACGAGGCCGACCGAAUGCUCGAUAAGGGGUUUGAAGAGGCCAUUCGACAAAUCAUCUCACAGACGCCCAAGAAGCGCCAGACCCUCAUGUUCACAGCCACCUGGCCGCCGUCGGUUCGCGAGCUCGCGUCUACGUUCAUGAACUCUCCAGUCAAGAUCACCAUCGGCGACAACGUGUCAGGCGAGCUCCGCGCCAAUGUGCGCAUCAAGCAGCUGGUCGAGGUUGUAGACCCCCGCGCCAAAGAGCAGCGACUCCUUCAGCUGCUCAAGCAAUACCAAUCGGGCAAGAACAAGGACGAUCGCAUUCUUGUCUUCUGCUUGUAUAAAAAGGAAGCUAUGCGCAUCGAGAACUUCAUCCGCAUGAAGGGCUUCCGCGUGGGCGGCAUCCACGGCGACCUGAGCCAAGAGAAGCGCAGCGCCUCGUUGGCGGCAUUCAAGGAGGGUCAAGUGCCGCUUCUCGUAGCUACAGAUGUUGCUGCACGAGGCUUGGACAUCCCGGCUGUUAAGCUGGUCAUCAAUGUCACUUUCCCUUUGACGGCUGAGGAUUACGUGCAUAGGAUUGGCCGGACGGGUCGUGCCGGCAAGGAGGGGCUCGCAAUCACACUCUUUACAGAGCAUGAUAAAGGGCUUUCUGGAUCGUUGAUCAACGUGCUCAAAGCAGCGAACCAGCCAGUUCCAGAUGACCUGAUGAAAUUUGGCACAACGGUCAAGAAGAAGGGCCAUGAUGCAUAUGGCGCAUUCUAUAAGGACGUCGAUAGCAUGAAGCAAGCGACUAAAAUUACUUUCGAUUAG